AUGGCGCAACUACCAACACAACCGUUAGAGACAGAUUGGGAGUCUGAUACCCAAGAAAUAAGAUUAAAGUUCGAUGAAGAUUGGAACCAUGUGUCCCAAGGCGUUAACUCUUCAUUAAAAAAUCUUAAAAAAAUACAUGAAGACUGGAAACGCAAUUCCCAAGCCAUGAAGUCUUCAGUGGAAUUUCUUGAGAAGUUGCUGUCACCUCAUGAAGAAGACGAUGACCUUCUUAUCUCCAAUUUUAUUCAACAAAAUGAUCAAAUCAACCAGAUCUCUCCCCUACUUCAAACUGCAAUACCUCAUGUGUUUGAAGUGGCAACAAAGCUUUCAAACACAGUGGACAAUCCCUCUGACAAACCAGCGGAAGGAGUCUCCGAUUGUUUCGAAGUUAUUAUGAAAGCGCUUGUUUGUAUGACAGAAGUUUCAAGAAUCAUAGGUCUUAAGACCGAUUUAGAUAUUAAUCCACUGGUACUCCGUCUUAUCAUAAAAGAAAGGAAAUCGACUAAUCAUGAUUUGCGGUCUGCUGAAGAUGAAAAUAAGGAAAUUCAUGCACAAAAAGAAUAA